AUGUUUGCCAAAUUACCCAAACGCCGCACGUUCGUCCAGCACAAUGGAGCCCUGUCGUCAUCCGGGUCACCGGGCUGCGCGUUCCGUGCGCGCAGCCGGAUUCCGGCCUGGGUGCCGCCCCGGGCGGAGGGCCCUCCUGGGCCGGGAAAACUGCAAUUCCCGGCAUGCGCUGCCACGGAUGCGCCUGCGUACAGGAGCUACCGCGCCGGAGCGGGUUGGUUUAAAGCGCUGUGUUGGUUCCAUGGAAACCGGCCUGACGGCGGAGGGACAGAGCUGCUGGCUGAUAGAUGGAGUGUGAGGUGCAUAUGGAAACUACAGUGUCCAGACCAGUCCUCUCUCCAACCCACAUCAAUGCUACAGCUUCUGAAACUUUCACAGUACUUCAGGAAAGGAUGAGAAUAGUUGAGGAACAGACCAGUUCUCUGAGGGAUGACCUAAUAAUGUUGGACUUUGGUGAAAAAAGGUAACAAAUGGA